ACAAAGACUCCAUUAAGAACACCACAAAAACAACAGCAGCAGCAACAGCCACCAGUACAAGAUGUGGAAAUGACAGAACAACCCAUGGCGGGUGAUGCUUUGGAUGACGCCAAUAUGUCCGACGAUGAAGAGGGUGGAACACGUAUUGGUGAUAUUUAUAUACCACCACCAAUACCUCCGUACUGUUCCACCGAGAGCAAAGGACCCCGUUUGAUAAUUAAGAAAAUUGAAAAUUAUAAUUUUAAAAGUUAUGCAGGCAAAGUUGUCCUGGGACCAUUUCAUCAUUGUUUUACAGCCAUCAUUGGUCCUAACGGCAGCGGCAAGAGUAACGUUAUUGAUUCUAUGUUGUUUGUGUUUGGCUAUCGCGCCAAUAAAAUUCGUUGUAAGAAAAUCUCUACACUGCUCCAUAAUUCGGCCCGUUAUCCCAAUGUCAAUAUGUGUUCUGUGGCUGUACAUUUUCGCCAAAUAUUGGACAAAGAGGAUGGUACCUGUGAAGAAAUACCCGAUAGUGAAAUUAUUGUGGAACGUACAGCCUAUCGUGACAAUUCAUCAUAUUAUACGAUAAAUGGCAAGCGGAAACAAUUUAAGGAUGUGGCCAAAUUGCUGAAAAAACAUCAUGUCGAUUUGGAUCAUAAUCGUUUUUUGAUCUUGCAGGGUGAGGUUGAGUCCAUUUCCAUGAUGAAACCAAAAGGCUUGACUGAGGGUGAAUGUGGCAUGCUGGAAUACCUAGAAGAUAUUGUGGGUACCACUCGCUACAAAGAGCCAUUGAUAAAAAUUAACGAACGUGUUGAACUCUUGACCGAAGAACGUACGGAAAAACACAAUCGCUGCAAAUUGGCUGAACGUGAAAUGAAAGAUUUGGAACAACCAUAUAAUGAUGCCGUUGAAUAUUUACGUCAAGAAAACGAAAAUACCCGUACAAAAAAUCUUCGUAUACAAAAAUAUUUAAGUGAGAAAAAUAAGAAACUGGAAGAGUAUACAAAACAGCACGAAGAAAUCAGUAAUGAGCUGAAGGAACAUGAUAACAAAGUUGAUGAAUUGCGUAAGGAACGUGAGGGCAAGGAGGAUAUUAUUAAAAAAGAAAUGCAAAAUCACGAUAAUUUACGCAAGAAAAAAGAAGACAUUGAAAAGAAACUUGAAAAGGCCAAAGGAAAUUUUGCUGAAACUCAGGAGACAAUGACUGUGGUGAAUAAACGUCGACACACCAAUAAAAAUCAAGUGACCAAAAAUGAAAAAGAAUUAGAAGAUUUACGCAAAGUCCCCGAAAAGAAUGAAAAAGAAAUCGAAGAAUGUGAAAAGAAAUUAGAGCGGCUAGUUAAGCAAAAAGCCGAACAGGAAGAGGAAUUGCAACGUAAUUACACGGUAUUGGAGGAACAAACGAAACCACUGAUAGAACAACGUGAAAAACUUGAAACCGAAUUGAUGGAUUUAAAGAUAAAUGUUGAUGAAGCUAAAGCUGAUUUGGCCAUGUCUCAAUCGGAAUUGAAAAUUUUAAAAAGUGACGAAACAGCCGAGACAAGAAAAUAUGAAACAUUGAAAUCAUCCUAUGAAGAUUCCGAACAAAGUCUGGGCGAGAAAAAAGAACAAGUGGUCGAGUUGCAAGCCCGUUUACCGGAACUGAAAAAAGAUAUACACGAGAAGACAAUGAAAUUGAAACAAUUACAACAAGAGGAACAACAAUUAAGACAACAAGUUAUGACGAUCAAAGCUGAGAUAAAUGAAAAAGUAGUUAGCAUGCAAGCCAUGCGUUCCAAUAAUAAAGUUUUAGAUUUUCUAAUGCGCCAAAAGGCUGAGGGAAAAAUUCCCGGCAUUUUGGGACGUCUUGGUGAUUUGGGUGCAAUUGAUGCCAAAUAUGACGUGGCCAUUUCUACGGCAUGUGGACGUUUAGAUAACAUUCUAGUGGAUACAGUCAAUACGGCUCAAAAUUGUAUUGAAUAUCUGAAACGUUAUGAUGUUGGCCGAGCCUCAUUUAUUGCCUUGGAAAAGGUGGCAUAUUUACAAAAUCAAUCGGGUCCAAUACACACUCCCGAAAAUGCCCCACGUCUAUACGAUUUGGUACGCGUCGAAGAUGAACGUGUCCUGCCAGCAUUCUACUUUGCCCUACGUAAUACCUUGGUGUCCACCGACUUAGAACAGGGUACACGUAUAGCCUACGGUGCUAAACGUUUUCGUGUUGUCACCCUUAAUGGUGAUCUUAUUGAAACAUCCGGCACAAUGUCUGGUGGUGGUCGUACACAAAUACGCGGUAAAAUGGGUACAAAGGUGCGUACCAAUACCCGACAAUCACUGGACAAUUCUGGUGUGUCACAAAAAGAUUUAGAAGGAAUGCAGGUGAAAUGUGAAGAGCUAUCAUCACAAAUUAAUUACAAUCAAGAGGAACAGGGUAGACUGGAACGUGAACUGCAACAAUUGAAUGUUACACAUCAACGUACCGAAGGUGAUCUGCAGAAGCUGUCGAUUACCAUCAAGAGUUUGGAAGAACAAUUACCACGCAUCUUCAAGCAGUUGGAAUCUCAAAAGAAACGGAUGGAUCAAACCCUGACCGAUGCAUCCAAGGUGGAAGAUGUUCAGGAAAUGAUUAAAAAGAAAACCGAGACCCUCAAAGCGGCCGAAGAAGAAGCCGGCAAAGUGGAAAAGAAAAUUGCCGAAAUUAAAAAGAAAAUCGACGGUAUCCAUGGUGAUACCAUAAAGGCAGUGCAGACAAAAAUCACCAGCUUAGAUAAUCAAAUAAAAAAGCUAAAGGGUAACGUGUCAAAAUUAAAAGUAGAAGUUACAAAUGUUGAACGUAAUGUCAAGAAAAUGGAAUCUCAAAUUGAGCGCUUGAAUGGAGAAAUUGAAAAGUCCCAAGAGGAGUUAAAACAGUUGUCAGAUAAACGUACGGCAUUCGACGAAGAAAUCUGUAGUCUACAAAAAGAGCUGGAGGAGGCUAAGGAAGCUAUUGAAAAGGCUAAAUCGGAAUCAUCGGGAGUACACAAGGAAAUAUUGGCCAUACAAAAGCAGGAAAGUGAUCUAAAGCUGAAACGUGUUGAAAUUGAACAAAAGUUGCAAACCGUGGCUGCCAAGAUGUCCGAAGUUAAAUCGCAAAUACCACAUUGGCGCGAUCAAUUGAAACCUUUGCGAUUACACGAGAUACCCGGCGACACAGAACCUCCCACUCCCCUCAAAAAAUAUACCGAAGAUGAAUUGGCCAGCCACACACUGCAGGAUAUACAGUACAAAGAGAGUGUUCAAGAGGAGUUGCUGAAAAAGAAACCCAAUCUAUCUUGCAUACAGGAAUACAUUGAGAAACGUGAUGUCUACCUGGAGAGAGUUAAAAUUCUCGAAGAAAUUACGUGUAAACGUAAUGAAAUGCGUCAGCUGUACGAUGAUGUACGCAAAAAACGUUACAAUGAGUUUAUGUCUGGUUUCCAUAUAAUCACACGUAAACUUAAGGAAAUGUACCAAAUGAUUACCCAAGGUGGUGAUGCUGAGUUGGAAUUGGUCGAUUCCAUGGAUCCUUUUACCGAAGGAGUUUCGUUUAGUGUACGGCCACCCAAGAAGACCUGGAAAAACAUAUCAAAUUUGUCGGGUGGUGAAAAAACUCUAUCAUCUCUGGCUUUGGUAUUUGCCCUGCAUUAUUACAAACCAUCGCCCCUGUAUUUUAUGGAUGAAAUUGAUGCUGCCUUAGAUUUUAAAAAUAUCUCCAUUGUGGCCCACUACAUUAAGGAGCGUACCAAAAAUGCUCAAUUUAUUAUUAUUUCACUGAGAUCGAAUAUGUUUGAACUAUCCGAUUAUUUGGUGGGUAUUUAUAAGGUAAAAGAUUGUACGGAUUCGGUGUGUAUACAAAAUGAGCCACCAAAAAUGCCCGAGCAUACACAAACCCAGGCGACACAACAUAUGCCAUCACAACCGGCUCACCUUAUGCAUUCAAUGGUCGUGGGUGCAGAUACUACACUAAAUCCGUUGAACCAAACAAACCAAGCGCCCCCGACACCCAUGGAAACUCAAGAACAACCACCAACACAAUCAGUAUUAGCUGGUAAAUCUGUAAGUCUGGAUGAUUCCAUUGAUGAGUUACCCGCAACAUCCGGGGGUGGUGGAGGAGUUAGAACUGGCAACGAUGAAAAUAGUCGACCCACACGUUCCACAUUUACGUCAAGUCAAAAUAUGACUUUCCUACCACAAAUCGAAAGUACAGCACUUUCGGCCACACAAUUGGAUUUGACCCAAAGUCAAUCGAUGGACACCACCAUUGUGAAUCCAUUUAAACAACCUGCCCCAAUUAAGACACCCGCACCUACCUCUAACUGA